AUAUAUGUUGUAUGUGGAUGUGCAGUGUUGCAGCAGCAGUAGCAGCAGCAGCUCGCCACGUUGGAAGUACACAAGUACAGACUUUAAUAAGUGUAGCUGACGGAUGGAUGCGGUGUCUGUGAGUUGGUGGAUAUUCGCCUGAUUUCCCAUUUUUUUAGUGUCCGCUGCCAAACUACGAGAGAUAAAAUGAAGGUGAAGGAACUACACAAAACUGUGAAUGUGGCGUGGUCGCCGCUAGCCCAGUAUCCAAUUUUGUUAGCAGCAGGUACUGCUGCCCAGCAAUUGGAUGCCAGUUUUGAUACCAAUGCAAGCUUGGAUUUGUACUCGCUUAACCUGCAACAGCCAGGUUAUGACAUGCAACUCAAUGUUAGCGUGCCAAGUGACCAAAGGUUUCAUAAAAUAAUUUGGGGAUCCUAUGGUAACAAUCCAGCUGGCAUGAUUGUUGGUGGCUGUGAUUAUGGAAAAAUCAAAAUUUAUUCUGCUGCAAAAAUGCUGGCUAAUGACGGCAAUUGUUUAAUCAGCAGUCCAGAAAGACAUAAAGGCCCUGUCAGAGCAAUGGACUUUAAUCCAUUCCAGCCUAAUUUGCUGGCAACUGGAGCAACAGAAAGUGAAAUUUAUAUUUGGGAUCUUAAUAACACAAAUCAACCAAUGACUCCUGGUUCUAAAAGUAUGCCUGCUGAAGAUGUGCAACAUAUAGCAUGGAAUAAGCAAGUACAGCACAUACUUGCAUCAACCUUUUCACAACGCUGUGUUAUUUGGGAUCUCAAAAAAAAUGAAGCCAUCAUAAAACUAACAGAUGUAAAUUCAAGAGUAAGAUGGAAAUCAGUGCAAUGGCAUCCGGAUGUAGCUACACAACUUUGCCUUGCUUCCGAAGAAGAUCAGAGUCCAAUCAUUGAGUUAUGGGAUUUGAGAUUUGCAACCUCACCAUUAAAAACUUUGCAAAAUCAUCAAAGAGGAGUUCUUUCUAUUGCUUGGAAUCCUCAUGAUUCAGAUCUUUUAUUAAGUUGUGCAAAAGAUAACAGAAUUCUUUGUUGGAAUCCUAAUUCAAAUGAUCCUAAUGGCGAAGUGAUCUGUGAGUUAGCUCAGACUAACCAAUGGAACUUUGAUGUAUCGUGGUGUCCCCGUCAUCCAGGUUUAGUUGUUGGAACUAGUUUUGAUGGUCUUGCCUCUGUUUACUCCUUAUUGGGUGGGUCUAAUCAAGGAUCAGUGGAGACAUCAAAUAAAAUAGUUGAUUCUUUCCCUGGUAUGGAUCCAUUCACGCAACCUCCACCGUCAGCACACACUGAAGCAGCAGCAAUACUUAAAAAAGCACCAAAAUGGUUAAAGAAACCUUUUGGUGCCUCGUUUGGAUUUGGCGGCAAAUUAACUAUUUUUGAAAACGAGCCUGUUGAACCAAAUAUGCCUCCGAAUUCUAAUAGGAAAGUUUUUGUAUCCCAAGUGAUUACAAAUCAAGAAUUGAUUCAACGUUCCAAUGAAUUAGAGGCUGCUGUAAAAAGUGGACAAUACAGUGACUUUUGCAAAGGAAAAGCUGACAAUGCCCCCGAUGAUCAUAAAAGAAAAGUUUGGAAUUGCAUUGGUGCUUAUUUUGGAGAAAACGUAACGCAAGAGUUGUUAGAGCUUCUAGGUUUCAACAUAGAUGAAAUGAGCACCAAGCUGAAUCAAUUAGUACCUCAACAGGAAAUAGAUGCUGUUACUGAAGGUGUUUCAAACUUGAAUAACCAAGUCAAUGGCAAUGCUUUUGAUGGAAGCGCGGCAUUUGAUGCUAUUGCCGAACAAGAACAGAGGAAAUCAGUCACGCCAAGUAAAUCUCUGAAGAAGUCUGUCGAAACUAAUUUUAGGAUAAACACUGCAGAUGAUGAUGAAGGUUUGAUCACACAAGCCAUACUUCUCGGUAACGUUGAAGCUGCUGUAGCUCUGUGUUUUGAAAAUAAGCGAUACGCGGAUGCAGUGAUUUUAUCCAUGGCCGGUGGUCCGGAACUGUUGGCACAAACUCAGUACAGAUAUUUCUCAGAGCACACUGGAGCUUUAAAUUCACUCAUCAACUCGCUGGUAAGCGAAAAUUGGGUGGAUGUUGUUAGAAACUGCGAUAUUACCUGUUGGAAGGAAGCUUUAAUUGGUGUUUUCACUCACACUGCUCCCGAAGAGCGCAAUUCCUUGUGUGAUAUUCUGGGAGAUAGAUUAGCUCAAAGCGAUAACGCGAAUCUCCAUAAAGAAGCUCAAAUCUGUUAUAUUUGCUCGGGCAAUUUGAACAAGACUAUUGAAGCUGCGGAUUCUGAUAUCCAAGAGACCGUCGAACUCGUGACGAUGAUGCAAAAAGCCCUGGAAUUCCACACGACACGCAAAGUGAAUGUUGAAGGCAAUAUCGCCGCAGUACUUACUCGUUAUGCGGAGAUGCUCGCUGCAGAGGGUGAUCUCGACGCAGCUCUGAACUAUCUCGGAAACAGCCAGGAGCCGAGAAUCACGAUGCUGAGGGACAGGCUUUACAAGGCGCUCGGUCAUAUUUCUAUGGAGCCUCAACGCACGAGCAUAGGACGAAAUGCUCCGUACCAAAACCAGAAUAUUUACUCUCAAAACCAGCCACUGGGCAGAAAAUCUAUCCCAGGUGGACCCCAGAGUAUGUUUGCACCAGUGCAGCAAUCGAUUCCUGCACCGAUACCGUCUCAGCAACCCACGUGGAACACGGCGCCUACGAAACAGGCCUAUACUGGCGCUGCCAAUCCUUCGUUCGGUGGAGGUGUCGUAACGAGUCAACCUUAUGGUGGCAGCACAUUUACCCCGACCAUACCGGCUCCACUUCAGACACAAGCGACGUCAAAUGAUCCUUACGGCCAAUACGGACAGACUCCUCUGACCCCAUCUGUGCCACCACCGCCGCCAACCGCGGCCACCAGUGGUUCCAGACCAUCUAGCGUCGGACCACACUCCAGGUCCAAGUAUAUAUUAGAUCCUUCAGUGAAAUCUGGUCCGUCGUAUGGAUCCAGUUAUUCGCAGACUCAGUACGGAGUACCGACGCAGCCUCAGACUUUCCCUGCGCCCGGUGGCUUCCCAGCACAAGCUCCAUAUCAGCAGUCACAGCCAGUUGGGGGCUACGGAGGCUACGGUAGCGGAGGCGCACAGAACACAAUCUAUAACCCUGCGGAGCCUGAGCUUCAGCAACAACAAAGGGCUGCUCAGCCAAGUAUUUUAAAUCCGAGUCCUGUAAAAGCUCAAUCGCUGUAUGAUCCAACGGUUGCUACCCAACAAAUUGUGUCACAAGGAGGUAUGGCUGGACAAGUGCCGUCGCAGCCGCCGGUCGCCAACUAUUCGAAUGAGAAUACGUAUCAGCCUGGAUCUCAAACCUCUGGAUGGAACGAUCCACCGAUUUCCUCCAAGACCGCCAAAGCGCAGCCAGUAAUGGCUUUGUUCUUCAAAAAUGAAAUGUGUGCAGAACACGCUGGGAGCAGGAAGUGGAAAGCAAAGUAUGCAAAGGGUGUCGAUGCGAAGCCUAAAACGGAGUUCCAACGCCAAGACCCGAUCAUGCAUCCGCUGAGAGGAGCACCACCUCCAGAACCUACAGUAUACCAACAAGAUCCAGGAUACCACCAGCAUCAGCAGACCUACCAAGAUCCUCAAGCCAUGUACAAUCAAUACAACCAAAACAUUCCUGGAAUGCAACAGUACAAUAGGCCAAACGAUCCGCUUCCACCAGUGCAACCAGCACAAAUUGUGAGAGCUCCAGAGCCUGAAAAACCAAAGGCACCCAUUCCAGAGGAACACAUAAUACUGCAGAGAGUUUUCAACGAAUUGAAGGAGCGGUGUUAUAACAAUGCUAGAAAUCCGCAAGCAAAGAGAAAAUUAGAUGAAGUAACGAAAAAACUGGAAGUUUUUUACGAUUACCUCAGAGAACAGAAGAUCUCUCAAAGCACGUUGCAAGGUCUCCAUCAAAUUUGUAAUUUGAUUCAAAAUGAAGACUAUCAAGCAAGUUUGAAAAUACUUACACAACUAGUUUCUGGACCAGAUUUCAGCCAAAUUGCUCCAUUCAUGCCAGGAAUAAAAGUAUUAAUACAACUUUCUGUACAGAUGGGUGUUUAUGUAAAUGAUUUAAAUAAUUCGAAUCUGUUAAGGGAUGUACAACAAUAACGUUCAUAUCUAUAUUUUUGGUUAAUAUUAGGUACUUUAUAAUGAUAUACAUGUAUAAAAAGACAUUAAAAAUCAAUUUAUAGAAAAGUUUUAAGUAUUAAAGUUUUAUACUACUAAUACUAAAUUUUAAUCAACAGUUAGUUGUAUGUUUAAAUAAAUUUUAUAAAUGAAUAGAUUUUUAUAUUCAUUUAGGAUUAAA